AUGUAAGAAAAGAUUAAACCUGUAUUAAUCGUAAAUAAGAUUGAUAGAGCUAUUUUGGAAUUAAAACAUGACGGAGAAACUAUGUAUUAAAACUUCGUUAGAGUUAUCGAUAUGGUGAAUGUUAUUAUUGAUACAUACACUCAAGAAGAUAUGGGAAAUCUCAUUUUAAAUCCUGAUGAUGGUGCCAUUGCUUUUGGUUCUGGAAAAGAAUAAUGGGCAUUCACUUUGACUAAAUUUGCAAGAUUGUACUCUUAAAAAUUCAAAAUUGACUUCGGUAAAAUGAUGAAGAAAUUAUGGGGAGACAACUAUUUUGAUGCCCCUGCUAAAAAAUGGAAAUCCAACAACCAAGACGAAAACGGAAAAACCAUUAAAAGAGCCUUCGUUAACUUUAUUAUGGACCCCAUUUGUAAAUUAGCUAACGCUGUCAUGGAUAAUAACUAAGAAGUCAUGAAUAAAAUGCUCGAAACUCUCGGACUUACUCUUACUUAAGCCGAUAAAGAUCUCUCUGGUAAACAUUUACUUAAAGCCGUUAUGUCUAAAUGGUUAUCCGCAGCCGAUUGUUUAUUAGAAAUGAUGAUUAUUCAUUUACCUUCCCCCAGAAUGGCCCAAAAAUACAGAACUUCAUAUCUAUACACUGGUCCCUAAGACGAUGAAAUAGCCAAAGGAAUGAGAGAUUGUGACCCUAAAGGACCUCUUAUGAUGUACGUAUCUAAAAUGGUGCCAACUGCCGACAAAGGUAGAUUCGUGGCUUUUGGUAGAGUUUUCUCCGGAACAAUUGCAACUGGUUAAAAAGUCAGAAUUUUAGGACCUAACUUCGUCGUUGGAAAGAAAGACGAUUUAUUCGAAAAAACACUCCAAAGAACCCUUAUUAUGUAAGGAAGAUGUACUGAAUAUGUCCCUGAUGUUCCCUGUGGAAACACAUGCGGUUUAGUCGGUGUAGAUUAAUUCAUUAUGAAAACUGCCACACUUACAGACCAUGUAGAUGCCCAUACUAUCAGAACUAUGAAAUAUUCAGUCUCUCCAGUCGUUAGAGUAGCCGUUUCAGUCAAAAACGCAGCAGAUUUACCUAAAUUAGUCGAUGGUUUAAAAUAAUUAUCUAAAUCAGAUCCGUUAGUUGUCUGUUCUAUUGAAGAAACUGGAUAACAUAUUAUUGCUGGUUGUGGAGAAUUACAUAUUGAAAUUUGUUUGAAGGAUUUAGAAGAAGAUUAUGCUAAAUGUCCCAUUAUUAAAUCUGACCCUAUUGUUACUUAUAAGGAAACUGUCACUGCUGAAUCUUCAUAAGAAUGUAUGACCAAAUCACCUAAUAAACAUAACAGACUUUAUGGUAAAAGUGUACCCCUUGAAUCUGGUCUUGCAGAAGAAAUCGAAAAAGGAAAAGUCAGCUCGAAAGAUGACCCUAAAGAAAGAUCUAAAUAUCUCCACGAAAACUUCGGAUGGGAUAGAUUAGACGCAGGAGCUAAAUUAUGGUCCUUUGGUCCUGAAAAUACUGGCCCCAAUGUAGUCGUUGAUAUGACUAAAGGUAUAUAAUAUGUCACUGAAAUUAAGGAUUCAGUCGAAUCCGCCUGGUAAUGGGCUUCUAAAGAAGCUGUUUUAACAGAAGAAGGUAUGAGAGGUGUUAGAAUGAAUAUUUUAGAUUGUGUAUUACAUGCUGAUAAUAUUCAUAGAGGUGCAGGUUAAAUCUUACCUACUGCUAGAAGACUUUUCUACGCUUGUGAACUUACUGCUGAACCCAGAUUAUAGGAACCUAUCUUUACUGCUGAAAUUACUGCCCCUAUGGAUGCUAUGGGAGGUGUUUAUAAUUGCUUGAAUUAAAGAAGAGGUAUUAUUAAUGAAGAAGAAUAAGUAUAAGGAACUCCUAUGAAUAUUGUUAAAUGCUAUUUACCUGUCGCUGAAUCUUUUGGUUUUACAGCUCAUUUAAGAGGACUUACUUAAGGUUAAGCUUUCCCUUAAUGUUUCUUUGAUCAUUGGGCUAUUGUCACUGGAUCUCCUUUCGAAAAAACUUCCAAAACUUAUGAUAUUGUUUAAGCUAUUAGAAAAAGAAAAGGACUUAAGGAAGGUAUUCCAGAACUUAAUGAUUAUAUUGAUAAACUUUGA